AUGGGAUACUGCUCUACGGCGGAAACGAAAUCCAGACCUGGAAGAAAAUUCGACAAAUCGAAGACGAAAGAGUAUGUGAAGUCUAAAGGAAUUUCGGUGAAGCGUAUCGACCUCCAAGGAAAGAGGAAAUUCGUCACUCUUGGAAUCAACGGAAAUCAGGCGACGCUUCAACUGGAUUGUGCAUCGGAUAUCACGAUUAUCUCUACACCGACCUGGGAAGCAAUCGGGAAACCAACUAUCGAAACCUCGGAGAUCGCAGCUAUCAGCGCUUCCGGUGACAGAAUCAACAUCGUUGGCGAAUUCAAGGCCCAGCUUACCAUCAAGAAUUCAACAAACGAAGGUAUUGUCUACGUGUCAUCAAACCCAGAUUUGAAUGUCCUUGGAAUAGACACAAUCGAACUGUUCGAUCUGUGGGCUGUACCCUUCAAUUCGCUGGUGAACGCUGUCCAUCAAAAGCCGCAAGACACCGUUGAAAAACUCCGUUUGAAGUUCCCCGAAGUGUUCCAGAGCUCACUUGGUAAGUGCACAAAAGCAAAAGUGAAACUAUACCUGAAACCCGAUGCCCGUCCAGUGUACUGUCCAAAACGACCAGUCGCAUAUGCAGCACUUCCAAAGGUUGAUGCCGAACUCCAACGCCUUCAAGACAAGGGAAUAAUCUCUCCAGUGAAGUUUUCCGACUGGGCCACACCGAUAGUCGUGGUCCGGAAAUCUGACAACGUGUCCGUUCGAAUUUGUGGCGAUUACUCUACUGGACUGAACAAUGCGCUAGAAUCAGAUGGACACCCACUUCCGCACCCAGACGAUAUUUUCGCUGAUCUUGCAGGCUGCCGAUAUUUCUCCCAACUCGAUCUUUCGGAUGCGUACCUGCAAGUCGAGGUUGAGGAGGAAUCGCAAAAGUACCUGACCAUCAACACUCAUCGAGGACUGUUCAAAUACAACCGCUUGCCACCUGGAAUCAAGUCCGCCCCCGGUGCAUUUCAACGAAUCAUCGAUAGCAUGGUCGCCGGCAUUCCAGGAGUUAAACCGUAUCUGGAUGACAUCAUGAUUGCCGGUAGGACUAAGGAGGAACAUGACCAACGUCUCAAUGAAGUUCUGGAAAGGAUCAAGGCAUACGGAUUUCAUUUGAGGAUGGAUAAAUGCCGGUUUGGUCUCUCACAAAUCAAGUUCCUAGGACACAUCAUCGAUCAAGACGGUUUACGACCAGAUCCAGCGAAGACAAGUGCUAUUUCGCAGAUGCCAGCUCCCAAGAACGUGUCGCAGCUUCGAUCAUACCUUGGAGCCAUCAAUUAUUAUGGACGUUUCGUCAAGCAAAUGAAGGAUCUACGAGCACCCAUGGACUACUUGCUGAAGAAGAACGUUAAGUGGGAAUGGACGGAUAGCUGCCAGAAAUCGUUUGAGAAAUUCAAAACGCUGCUGAAAUCAGACCUGUUGCUGACCCAUUUUGACCCAAACAAGGACAUUAUUGUCGCAGGAGAUGCAUCAAAAGAUGGCGUAGGCGCAGUUAUUAUGCAUCGUUUUCCGAACGGAUCAGUGAAGGCUAUUUCGCAUGUUUCAAGAUCUCUCACCGCUGCAGAACAGAAUUACGGACAAAUUGAGAAAGAAGCCCUGGCUCUAGUGUUCGCUGUAACCCGCUUCCAUAAGAUGCUAUUCGGUCGGAAAUUUAUUUUGCAAACGGACCACAAACCGCUACUCAAGGUGUUAGGAAGCAAGAAAGGCAUUCCUGUAUACACUGCCAACCGACUUCAACGUUGGGCUUUAACACUGAUGCUGUACAACUUCGACAUCCAAUUUGUGAAAACUGAGGAAUUCGGACAUGCUGACUUGCUUUCAAGAUUGAUGAAGUGCCAUGAACGAGUCGACGAGGAGUAUGUCAUUGCUUCUAUACAGAUGGAAGCCGAUGUUCAAGCCGUUCUCAGUGAUUCCACAUCAAGUCUACCAGUGACGUCAGAAAUGAUCGCUGCUGAAAGCUCGAAGGAUUCCGCUCUGAAAUCAGUUAUGCUUCACAUAAACGAAGGUUGGCCCGAACAUUCCACGGAGAUUAGUGACGCAGCCGUCCAGCAGUUUUUCACUCGCCGGGACAGUCUUCAAAUCGUCCAAGGAUGCAUCAUGUUCGGAGAUCGAGUUGUUGUUCCUGUUCGUUUUCGGAAACGCAUUCUUCAGCAGCUACAUAGAGGUCACCCAGGAAUGGACCGGAUGAAGUCGCUUACAAGAAGUUUCGUCUACUGGCCCAAGAUUGAUGAUGACAUCGAAGGACUUGUCCGGUGCUGCAGAUCAUGUGCUGAAGCUGCCAAGUCACCUCGCAAAACGGAUUUGGAAUCGUGGCCUGUUCCAUCGAAGCCGUGGGAGAGAGUGCACAUAGAUUAUGCUGGCCCGAUUGACGGUUUCUACUAUUUUCUGGUAAUCGACGCUUUCUCAAAAUGGCCGGAAAUUUUUCGUACACGAAGCACUACCACAUCAGCGACGCUGGACAUACUUCAGGAAAUCUUUGCAAGAUUUGGUAAUCCAAGGACACUCGUUUCGGACAACGGAACGCAAUUUGUUAGCGCCCGCUUCAAGCAGUUUUGUGAUGAAAAUGGAAUAACGCACUUGACAAUUGCACCAUACCAUCCGCAGUCUAAUGGACAGGCUGAGCGCUUCGUAGACACCCUUAAGAGAGGACUCAAGAAGCUUCGAGAAGGAGGAAAAACCACGACGUUUCAGCAUCUUCAAACUUUCCUGUCCGUCUACCGGUCGACCCCGAAUCGAAGCGCACCUAAUGGCAAGUCUCCUGCAGAGCUUUUCCUUGGAAGAACUGUCUCUACACCGUUAGAUUUGCUGAAGCCUAGGAGAACUACCUCCGUAGCCGUGAACGACAAGCAAAACAAACAGUUCAAUCGACGUCAUGGGACCGUGAAAAGAGAGUUUUCUGCUGACGAUCUGGUAUAUGCGCAGAUUCACCAUCGAAAUGUGACCACUUGGGUUCCUGGCAAGAUCAUUGAGAGGAAAGGUUCUGUGAACUACAAUGUACUUUUGGACAAUGGUCGUCUUAUCCGCUCUCACACCAACCAAUUGAGAGGACGUCAUCUGGAAACUUCCUUCGAAGAUGUCGAUGCAGAUCAUCAGCUACCAUGGACAAUGCUGCUUGAAGAAUUCAAUAUUCCUAUCCCAUGUUCAAUCAACCGCAAUGAUCCAAUCGAUGAACAUCCGCAGAAUCCGAUGGAGGUUCAACAACCAACCGAAGAACUGCCACCUGAAGAUAUACAACCUGAAGAAAUGCUACCUCCGCUAAUUGAAGAAGAUGUUCCUGCAGACAAUGUUGAAGAUAAUGAACCCCAACCUACUAACAACCCGAUACGAAACCGAAGGCUUCCUUCGUGGCUCUCGCCAUAUGAUCUUUUCUGA